ACAACGGCACUAAAAAAAAAAAAAAGUGACGUUGCAAGAUAAACAAACGGAGCCUGGGUACAGACGGAGAAGACACCCCUUUUCUGACAUUUUGUGAGAGUAUUUGAGACGAUGCAGCCUUCCAAGAGGAGCGAGGGCGACUGGCAGGGGCUCGUCAGCGAGUUCCUGGUGUGUAAGCGCAAGCUGGAGAGUAAGAAGGAGGCCCUGCUCAUUCUGUCCAAGGAGCUGGAUUCCUGUCAGCAGGAACGAGACCAGUACGAGCUGAUGGCCAACCAGCUGAGGGAGCGCCACCAGGGACUCAAGAAAAAGUACCGGGAACUCAUUGAUGGUGACCCGUCUUUGCCACCAGAAAAGCGAAAUCAAGUGAACCUGGCUCAGCUGUUGAGAGACGCGAGGGAGCGAGCCAAGCAGCUGGCGGAGGAGGUGAAGGAGCUGACCCAGAGGCUUACGGAGGCCCAGGGAGACAACAAGCUCCUGAGGAUGACCAUUACGCGACAGAGGCUGGGGGACGAGGAGGUGGGGGCACGCCAUUUCCCCGCCCAUGAACGGGAGGAACUGGUUCGCCAGCUUGAGCGAGCGGGGCUACAGAUGGAGGAGAUGGAGCACAACCUGAAGGCCGUGACGGACGAGCUCCAGGACGUGAAGUCGGAGCGCAGUGUGUUCAGGGAGAAAGCGCACCGACUCAACGUGGAGCUCAACCACGUGUUGGGUAACCGCGAGGCGCGCAUCAUCGACGUGGACGCCCUCUGCAUGGAGAACAGGUAUUUGCACGAGCGUUUCAGCCAACUACAAGAGGAGGUGAACUUGCUGAAAUCCAACAUCAUGAAGUACAAGACGGCUCUUGAGAGGAGGAAAAACUCCACCGCAUAUGGGAAGUCAAACAGCAAUCCCCUCACUGGCGUCCUCUCCGCCAAGCAAGUCCAGGAGUUGCUCCUGGAGGAGCGGGGCUGCAGUCUGCCGGCCACGCCUCAGUCCAUAUCGGACCUCAAGUCGCUGGCCACGGCUCUGCUGGAGACCAUCCAUGAGAAGAACCUGGUCAUCCAGCACCAGAGGCACACCAACAGGAUCCUUGGAAACAGAGUAGCAGAUUUGGAAAGGAAGCUGAAGACGUUGGAGGUUUCUGGACUGUGGAGUCUUCCAGGCUUGACCUACCGCGUAUCUGUGGGAAUUGGGAGGAAUCGAGACAAUGUCACACCGAGUGAAGAUCUUCAGCUGGAGCUUCAUCCAACACGCUCCACCUCUCAGCCAUACGUGCAGCCACACAAGGUUGUUUCAGGCGACAGAAGUUCACAUGGAUCACCGCGGGGAAACCACUCCGCUGGCAGCGACCUUGGCACAGAUGGCGUCAGCGGGGAAGACGCACCUGCACUGCUCGGUAGCCUGGGGCCUCUGCUGGGGGCGGAGACGAAUGGGAUUGACAAGAGAGGGGGAGGCAUCGUGACCCUGGCGGAAGUCGGAGCCACCUUCGAGCCGGAGGAGGGGCGGAGUCCAGUGGAGGAGGCGGGGCAUGAGCUGGAGGGGUUUGAGGAUGAAGAACUGGGCUCCGCGGUGGAGGAGGGAGAAGAGGCAGCUCUGGCACUGGGUGUCACGUCCGCCGAAGCAGAACUUCCCAGGCUUCCAAGAGAGCAAGCCUCUUCGGGCGAUUCAGAGGUGGGCCGUCAGCCCCGCAAAUCCCAGGACGGUGGGUCGAAUCCCACGCCUGAACGCGCCGAUGCCUCGCUAUCCGUUCCACAGAGCAGGCCCACUGACGUGAGGAGUACAGGAGGGUGGGACAUCGUAGAGAGUGACACGUGUCGUGGGGACAACCUUGGCAUGGUCUGACGUCACAGAAAGCCUUUGAAUCGUCGCCCUCGUCAUUCUUGCUGAUAAUUGCAUCAAUCGUCCCUAGUUACAUUCCCACAGCGUGGCCACCGCUCACAAGCUCCCCCGUUCCACCUCGCAGCUCUGUUUCAGUCAAUAAAAUGGUGGGGGAAAACACUUCUUCAGCCGCCAUUGAAGGAGCCGUAGGGUCACUUUGUAUCCAGACAGGCUUGUUGCUGCGCAGGAACAGGCAAUCUUGAAAUCAAUGGAGUUGCAAACGCAAUGCCCUGCAGGAAGAGUUUAGCUAGGAAAAUAACAGAUAUGGCAGCUUCAACUGCUGUGCCCCAUAUUCCCUUCUUCCUUUCCCCUGCGAUAAGAUAAUCCCAAUUGUUUGCUUUCUGCUUCUUCCUACGGGAAUGCAAUGAAUAGAGUGCUGCAUUUUGUCAUAGGUGGUCCAAAGAAUUAUAAUAAUCGUGUUGUAAAUAUGUGUAAAUGAAUAAUAUUGAUAUUCAAGAUUGUAUUUAUUUAUAUUCCUCUGCAUGGGUAAAUACUACUGAUCAGUCAAUUUUUAUUUUUUAUUUAUUUUUAUUAAUUAUGAUCUUUGGAUGAGACUAUAUGUGCCUUAUACGCGAAAAUACUGUACUGCUAUUUAUUAAAAUAAAUGCCUAACUUUGCAAUAUG